AUGAAUAUGCAACCAACGCCUUUCCCACUACCCUUUGGUCACCAUGGUAACCAUUAUGUGUCGCUUUUGACCACUAGUAAGCAAGACCUGUCUCCGCCGGAGUUCUUGAACAAGAAAGUCUUUGCCGAGAAGAUUGCGAACGAGACUAACUAUGAAACAUACUAUUCGGGAUGGUUUGGCAAUGUGCCGUAUAGUCAGAUCUGCCGGGACAAUAUCGUGGAUUUGGUUGGUGGAAACUUCUAUCACAAACCGCGUGGCCAAUUGGAUGCCACAGAACGUCAGGAGAUCGAAGACAUGCUCGAUGCCGCUGAGAUGAAAGGCGAGUUCAAAUUCAAGCCAGGAUAUAACCCAAACAUUGAACCCCUCGUCCCGGCCCUAGACCCGCUGAUUGUGUGGCACCAGCCCUUUUUCGUCUUCCUCUGCGCGCUUGGCCUGCACAAGUUGGCUUCAUUCUUAAUGCAACAGCGCGGCUUUACUCUGAAACAUGUGAGCGUGAACACACAUGCACUACAGUACUGGCAUCUACCAGCGUCCACAGCCACCAACCACACGCGCACUCGUAGCCAACCACCGAUUGUGUUCUGUCACGGAAUUGGAGUCGGCCUCCUUCCUUAUUUGGGUCUUCUCCGCGAUUUGGCGGCAAAUCACAGCGCAUCUCGGGACAUUGUGGUCAUCCGAAUGCCACAUGUUGCCUUGGCAGCGGUAGAGACUGUCGUAUCCAUGGACGAGAAGACCGGUACGUUUUUACAGCACCAGUACGUAAAUAUGGGGUUUGUACCGUACGGAAAGACAA